AUGGGGGCAGUCCUCCGAUCUUGUGUAAAUGCCUUCGUUCUAUUACUUGUUUUUGGAUCGCCCGCAAUAGCUCAGUUCUGCUCAUUUUGGAGUGGUAGCUGUCUUGAUGCCCUGGCUCAGACUGCCGUCUCCUUCAACUUCCCGCCUCUGUUUGAGGAGAGCCUCAACCUCUACUAUGGAUUCGAUGCCAACUCUCGAGGAAAAGGCCAGGAACCUAUGACUAAAGUCAGCUUCUGGCUUGGAUACAGUGCUCAUCUCAAUAACUCUGUUAUCAACUCCAACCGCACCUCCGAGGUUGCCUUGCGGGUGGGAAAUCUUACCGGAACGCCGUCAGGUUCCAACAAUGGCUGCGAUGGCGUGUGGGGCGCACAGUGCUCGUACGACUUGAUCACUAUGUUGAAGCAGGCCUUGUUUGGACUCACCACAAGUGGAAGUUACUACGAUGACCCUCUGGAUACGGUUUUGAGUGAGAUGCUCAUCAACCAGCCCGUACUCUCCAAUUGCCCCCCACCUCUAUUCGACGUCGCUGCCAUUCCCUCUAUUUCUUUUGCUCAAGAAACCGAUAUCACACGAAUUGCAACCCUCCAAACGUCCGGGUCUAGCAGUGAACCGUGGAAGACUUGGUUCAUUGAUAACAUGACUGCCAAUGACCAAGCAGCUCAAGUUGCAGUUGCCAUUAUUAGCAGAGCUCCAUCCUACAACGGCCAUCCCCCCAAAUAUGUGGACGAUAUACAAUUGGAGCUCGUUUGCACUCAGGCCCCGUCUUCGCGCAGUUCGUCGUCAAGUCAAGGUUCCUGA